AGACAACUGUAACAUCAUUUAAAUCUCUCUUCUCUCUAAUUUCACUUGAAAAAUAAAAGGAAGAAGAAGAAGACGAAAGAGUUCUCAACUCUUUCUCUAGAUUAUAGCAUCAUUCUCUCCUCUCUGUAUAGGUGUCUUUGUCCAGCAUCUCGAAUCCUAAGAGAUCGGAGAUGUCGGAUACAUCGCCGACGGAGCAAGCAACAGUGUCUGCGUCUUACAAGGAGAGCAGCGGAGGAAAAAGCUCCUCGAAGCGAAGGCCAACUAGGCCAAGCAUCGACGCAGCGGCGGCCGACAAUGAGCUCAUCACUAUGCUGCAUGGCUCGGAUCCAGUGAAGGUGGAGCUUAAUCGUCUAGAGAACGAAGUUAGAGACAAAGAUCGAGAGUUGGGGGAAGCACACGCCGAGAUCAAAGCGCUAAGGUUAUCUGAUAGACAGAGAGAGAAAGCUGUCGAAGAGCUUACAGAGGAGCUUGCAAAGUUAGAUGAGAAGCUGAAAUUAACAGAAUCCAUUCUCCAAAGCAAAAAUCUAGAAAUCAAGAAAAUCAAUGAAGAGAAGAAAGCAUCAAUGGCUGCUCAGUUUGCUGCUGAAGCCACCUUAAGAAGGGUCCAUGCUGCUCAAAAGGAUGAUGACAUGCCUCCUAUUGAAGCCAUCCUUGCUCCAUUAGAAGCUGAACUUAAGCUUGCACGGUCAGAGAUUGGGAAGCUUCAAGAAGAUAACAGAGCUUUAGACCGUCUGACUAAAUCAAAAGAAGCUGCCUUACUUGACGCUGAAAAGACCAUUCAAGGUGCCUUGGCAAAAUCAGCCAUGGUUGAUGAUCUUCAAAACAAGAACCAGGAGUUAAUGAAACAAAUAGAGAUCCGUCAGGAAGAAAACAAAAUCCUAGACAAAAUGCAUAGACAAAAGGUUGCUGAAGUUGAAAAGCUCACUCAGACCGUUCGAGAGCUGGAAGAGGAUGUUCUUGCUGGUGGUGCUACCGCUAAUACAGUGAGAGAUUAUCAACGGAAAGUCCAAGAGAUGAAUGAUAAAGUGAUGCCUGUGAAGCAAUGGCUUGAAGAAAGAAGGUUUCUACAGGGAGAAAUGCAACAACUUCGUGAUAAACUUGUCAUAACAGAUCGAGCUGCUAAAUCUGAAGCACAGUUAAAAGAAAAGUUUCAACAGCGGCUUAAAGUGUUUGAGGAGACACUUAAAGGAACUUCAAGCAGUAGCAGCACCAUAACAAGAAACUUAUCCGAGACAAGAAGCAUGAGUAACGGACCAUCUCGUAGACAGUCACUUGGUGGAUCUGACAACUUACAAAAGUUUCCAUCAAACGGUUCAUUUUCAAAGAAAGCUCCAAGUCUUCAGAUGAGACAUUCCUUGUCUAUUAACUCAACUUCUGUUUUAAAGAAUGCUAAAGGAACAUCUAAGUCAUUUGAUGGAGGCACAAGAUCUUUGGACAGAGGCAAAGCACUCUUAAACGGACCUGGGAACUAUUCUUUCAACAAGGCUUCUUCUGAUGACUCUAAGGAACCAGAGUCAGCUAAUGGUUGGAAAGAAAGUUCGGAGGAGAAGCCACAAAGUGAAAACCCUGCAGCAGCAGCAACAAGUGAGGAUAGUGUCCCAGGUGUUCUGUAUGAUUUACUGCAGAAAGAAGUAGUUUCUUUGAGGAAAGCCUCUCAUGAGAAGGAUCAAAGCCUCAGAGACAAGGAUGAUGCCAUAGAGAUGCUAGCGAGAAAGGUGGAAACAUUAACAAAAGCAAUGGAGGUUGAAGCAAAGAAGAUGAGAAGGGAAGUACCUACGAUGGAGAAAGAAGUUGCUGCAAUGCGUGUGGAGAAAGAUCAGGAUAAUAGAGCCAAAAGGUUUUCAAAUAGCAAGAGCUCAUCUACCAUCGCUCAGAUUCUUGCUGCAAGGUAUAUCUAA